AUGUUACUAGUUCUUUUAUUAUCCUUAUUUACUUUCGGUUUAGCCACUCCUUUUCAUAAAUAUCCAUUUGUAUUUCUAUUAGACGUCGGAAAUGAAGAGCUUGGUACAGCAAAUACAGAACAAAUAAAGGUUUCCGUAUCAGGAGGGGUCUUAGCCCUAAAAUAUCCAGCAGAAACUGAUGGUCCAAUUAUUGGUCAUGUAAGAGUUACAGGAAUCGAUUUUGGUACUGACCUGAAAGCAAGUAUUGUAGAAGGCGGCCCUGGAUAUAGGUACGUUGUUUUGGUUCUAAUGGGUGCAGCUGGAAAACAAUAUGAUACAGUGAUUACCGUACAAACUUUAAAUGAAGAUAAACGAUUAAGUAAAAGCAUGUCUAAUGGCUAUAAAGUUCAGGAAGAUACAAAUGAUAGUGCAGAAGAAGUCGACAAAGGGUCUAUUAACUCAAGGUUUGAUGAAAAAAUGAGUGCAGAAAUAACCAAAUCAGAGAGUCUAACAUACGAACAAAAUGAAGAUGAUUUAGAUGAAGCCAAUAAUGAUGAUAUAGACCAAUUAAGUUCAUAUAAAAAUGUAUAUAGUAGAAACAAAGAAACAAGAGAAAGUGAUUCGGAUAUAAUUCAAAGUGAUACAAAUUAUAAUAUGAAAUAUGACAGUGAAAUAGAAAAUAAUGAUGAAGAAAGAAACAUUGCAGAGAUUCAUGAUAACCCAAUAGAGAAGAAAGCUUUUACUAAUGCAGAUAGGACAUAUGUUUCUGUGUUACCUUUAAAUGUGUUAGCUGGAUAUGGUAGGGUACCUGGGUUUUAUGGAAAUAUCAUGACAUAUCCACAAAGUGUUAUAACACGAGAUAAUGGCUUAAUAGAAAGUGACAAUGAGAAUGACUAUUCAGUAUUUAAUAAGGACUUAAAUAAUAAUAUAGAUGAUUAUGUUUCUUCUGUUGACUAUUAG